AUGAACGCAAACGAUGAUAUAAAAGUUCGAUCUAUCACUGGGAGAGGUGUGCAUGCCAAGAGCACUCAGGCCUUUUCUUCUCUUCCAAGUCCAAAUCAAAAUUUGAACAGGUUUAAUAACUUGGAUUCCUCCUCUCAGACAUUACCUAAUGGAGUUACUGCUCCAGAAGAUAUUCCCAUUGCCAUAGUUGGAAUGGCGAUGAGACUUCCCGGCGGCAUCAGUAACGAAGAAGAGCUCUGGGAUACGUUGAUAAAGAAGAAAGACAAAAGAACGCUUGUUCCUGCAGAUCGAUGGAAUGUCGAUGGAUUCUACAGCGAGACUCCUAAGCGAGGAUCCGUCAAGACUAAGCAUGGAUAUUUUCUUGAUGGUGAAGCUCUUCGACAAUUUGAUGCAUCGUUGUUUUCCAUUACUCGAGCUGAACUCGAGAAGGUUGAUCCUCAGCACCGACUUCUUCUUGAAGUUACUAGAGAGUGUUUGGAGAACGCCGGUGAAAUCAAUUGGCGUGGUAAAAAUAUUGGAUGCUAUGUCGGAGUUUUCGGAGAGGACUGGCUUGCAGUGCAUGCACAAGGAUUUCAAAGGUCCAAGUAUAACCGUAAAGACCGGGUGUUCAGAUUGCUCAAAAAAUGUACGCAGUAUUUUCGCGGAGGUGCUAUAGAGCCAAUCAGACCCACCAAAGUAUUUGAUGCCAUUCAGAUUGAGGAAGCUUUCCGCUUCAUGCAAAAGAGCCAGCACAUCGGAAAGAUUGUCGUUAGCAUGCCCGCAGACUCUCUGCAGCUGACCACUUCCAAUACCCAUAGCCAGUUCUCUCUUCGCCCUGAUGUUUCUUACUUGCUGGUUGGUGGCUUAGGAGGAUUGGGCCAAUCGGUUUCGACUUGGAUGGUAAAAAAUGGUGCAAGACAUCUCGUUUACCUAUCAAGGGGUGGCGGAAAGAAAGAAGAGGAGGUUGCAUUUGUCACUGUACUCAGUGCUCAAGGAUGCACUAUCCAAACUAUUUCCGGUAGCGUUGCAAAUAUGGUCAAUGUCGAACGUGUUAUUAGCGAAGCGCAAUUUCCGAUAUCCGGUGUUAUUCAAAUGUCAAUGGUCUUGAAGGACGGUGGAUAUGCCCAAAUGACUCACAGAGAUUGGGAAUUUGUUCAAGCGCCAAAAGUUUUAAGCACAUGGAACCUUCACAAGGCUUUCGAAUCAGUGCCUCUCGAAAUUUUUGCGCUCUUUAGCUCAGUGUCAUGUCAAUGGGGCCAAUGGGGUCUCCCCGCUUCUGUAAUAGACGUUGGUGUUUUGGAAGAUGUUGGUUAUCUUAGUGAAAACCCAGCCAUUUUACAACAAUUCAAGACAAACGGGGUUCAGACCCUUCGGGAAAAUGAUCUUCUCGAGACACUGGAGUUGGCCAUCAUGAAGUCCAAAGCAACAUCUCAAGCAUUCAGCUUCUUUGCAGAUGGCUACGCCAGUGAGAGCUAUAUAGGAUGUGGUUACAAGAUGUCGAUGGCAGUCCAUGCAGACAAUAAUCGUAAUGUCUGGAAAUGUGAUAUUCGAAUGAGUGUAUACCGAAAUCUCCACAACAGCACUAUUGAUGAUAGUGCCGCAAGCCAUGAGGGACUCAAGGACUUUCUUGCUACGGUCUCAAACAACCCGCAAACUCUGAAAGCGUCAUCCGCUGCGGAAUUUUUGGCAGAGGAAAUUGGCAAAACGUUGUGCAGUUUCAUGAUGCGGCCAAUUGCGGAGCUCGAUAUCCACCAGUCAUUUAAGACGCUUGGGGUUGAUUCACUCGUAGCUGUUGAGCUGAGAAAUUGGUGUAGGCAAAAAAUUGGCGUGGGACUGACCGUGUUAGAUAUCAUGGGUGCGGCAUCGAUUAAGAGCUUGGGAAUGAUGGCCGCGGGUGGUCUAUUGGACAAAAGGGCGAUUUAA